CACUGGUGCUGAAUGGAGGAGAUCUGACCCCAAUCAAAACAAUUGUAAACUGGGAUCGAGUCCCAUGGCUGGAAACAACAAGACUGGCACAGAUUGUGGACCAGUUGGCAUCUCCACGUGGACUUGUCUCACAUUUCCCCUACAACCUCAUGCCCCCUUCUUUCCAUACCUCCAAGGCCAAGGUGAUCUACGUCAUGAGGAACCCCAAGGAUGUCUUCGUGUCUUCAUACCACUUCCACCAGAUCACUUCUUUUGUUGACGAUCCAGGAACUUUUGAUGAGUUCAUGGAAAAAUUCCUGGAAGGCAGAGUGAUGAAUGGAAAAUGGACAGAUCAUAUAAAGAGCUGGAAGCGUGCCGAACUGGGAGACAGAAUUUUGUUCAUCACAUAUGAAGAAAUGGUUCAGGACCUGCCAGCAUCUAUCAAGCUUAUGUCAGACUUUCUGGGCAAUAAUCUGAGUGAAGAAGUCAUUCAGAAGAUAGCAGAACAAUGCUCUUUCAAGACCAUGAAGUCAAACCCCAUGUCCAACUUUAGCCUGGUCCCCAAGAAAUACAUGGACAUCGAGAAGGCUCCUUUUCUGAGGAAAGGAAUUGCUGGAGACUGGAAAAACCACUUCAACUCAGAACAACUGGCCCGGUUCACAUCUGUCCUUCGCAAAGAGCUGGAGGGAGAGAACUUCUCUCUGCCAUGGAGCCUGGACUGACCAGCAAAGACAGAAUGAAGUCUGGGAAUAAAGAGAAGACCUCCACAUUUUAGUUAUAAUUAACAAAUAAAAUAAGMGACUGCAGCUGACUUUAAGAUUUACUUAAUGAGAUUUACAUAACAAAAAAUACUUUUGGUUUUCUAAGAAAUUUGRUGAUUUCUAUUGAGUCUUAACUGCAUUUCACACACAAUUAUACAUGAGAUGGUUAGAAUAUGUUAAAAUCAUUGUGUAGUCAGUWCACUUUUAUUCUGUGAUUAGGUUGUUAUGAGAACAGCAAGUUCUGAGGGAUUAUUUAGUUACCUYUCUCGCACUGAGACAACACAAUCAGACAUGAUGUUUCUACAUCUGAGAUUUCAGUACGUUGUUUGAGAGCUGGGUCACCUGCUACAUCCUGUCCCCUACUUCAWCUGUCAUUUUCAGGAGGCAUGACUCAGUUGUGGAGACACUAUUAAAAUAUACUGUUUUAAAAUGAA